UGCUCAAUUAAGGGACCGCUCGAUAUUUAGAAAUAAUGGAAAGCAGGUCGACUGUGCAGCCACGGCUUCGCCCUCCCACUCUCGCAUUUGCGUGGUUUCCGCGAAGAUUAGCUUCCAGCUCGCCGCAUGCACUAUCGUCCUUCUCUUACCGCCGCCGCUUCUCUCUCUUAGCUUGGUUCUUCUUCCCGCGCAUCGAUGACCUCGAAAGUGGGCAUCAGUUUGCCAGGGAUCGCACGCGCGUGGGCAGGUAUGAGCUCGGGCGAACUCUUGGCGAGGGCAGCUUUGCCAAGGUCAAGUUUGCUCGCAACGUGCAGACCGGCGAAAACGUCGCCAUCAAGGUCCUGGACAAGAACCAGGUCCUCCGCCAUAAGAUGGUCGAGCAGAUUAAAAGAGAGAUUUCCACCAUGAAGCUGAUAAAGCAUCCAAAUGUUGUUCAACUCUAUGAGGUUAUGGCCAGUAAGACAAAGAUAUAUAUUGUUUUGGAAUUUGUUGAUGGAGGCGAAUUAUUUGACAAAAUUGUUAAUAGUGGAAGACUUAAAGAAGACGAAGCUAGGAGAUAUUUUCAUCAACUUAUCAAUGCAGUAGAUUACUGCCACAGUAGAGGUGUAUACCAUAGAGACUUGAAGCCGGAAAAUUUACUCCUUGAUUCCAGUGGCACUCUUAAAAUAUCUGACUUUGGUUUGAGUGCAUUUGCUCAGCAAGUUAAAGGAGAUGGCCUGCUACAUACUGCAUGUGGAACUCCAAAUUAUGUUGCUCCUGAGGUUCUCGAUGAUAAAGGUUAUGAUGGAAGAGCUUCUGAUAUAUGGUCUUGUGGUGUGAUUCUAUUUGUCCUAAUGGCUGGAUACUUGCCGUUUGAUGAAUCCAACCUCAUGGCUUUAUAUAAGAAAAUCUGUAAAGCAAAGUUUUCAAGUCCAUCAUGGUUUUCUUCUAGUGCAAAGAAGUUGAUUAAACGGAUUUUAGAUCCAAAUCCUCUUUCUCGGAUUACAAUUGCAGAAAUAUUGGAAGAUGAAUGGUUCAAGAAAGGUUACAAGCCAGCUAAUUUUGAGCAAAUGGAAGGGGUGAGCCUGGAUGAUGUUGAUGCGGUCUUCAAUGAUUCACAGGAACAUCUCGUGACUGAAAAGAAAGAAAAACCAGAAUCAAUGAAUGCAUUUGCACUUAUUUCAAGAUCCGAGGUCUUCAACCUCGGGAAUUUGUUUGAAAAGCAAACGGGGAUUGUUAAGAGGGAAACAAGUUUUACUUCUCCGUGCUCUCCUAAUGAAAUAAUGUCUAAGUUAGAGGAAACUGCUAAACCUCUUGGAUUUAAUGUGCACAAACACAACUACAAGAUGAAGUUAAAGGGUGAUAGGAGUGGAAGGAAGGGAUACUUAUCCGUUGCAACUGAGGUUUUUGAGGUAGCCCCUUCUCUUCACAUGGUUGAGCUUCGCAAAACCGGAGGUGACACACUGGAGUUUCACAAGUUCUAUAAGAAAUUUUCCACGGGCAUCAAAGAUAUUGUCUGGAAAACUGGAGCAACCCACGAAGAAACAAGUUCUCGGCCAAUCUAAUGCAGAACUUUUGACUUUGUUUGUAUAUAUGAUUUGAUGAACAUUUCUUUAUGUAAUAUAUAUAAAAGAUAUUGUGGGAUCUAUAUAACUAGCAAAUGAUUUGCCUUCGUUGUCUACAACCAGAAGUCUGGAAAUGCAAGAAUUUUUUUUUCA